AUGAUCCACCCUGAUGUUACCCCAGACUCGCCCAUUGAAGAGCAGCCCGCCCUUGGCGUAAUCGGCAUGGGCUCUAUGGGCACAUUGUAUGUGAAGCACCUUGAGGCGGGCGGAUGGAAAAGGCAAGUAAUCUACGUCUGUGACCAGCCAAGUAAAUACGAGAGCCUAAAAGCGACGUACGAGGGGCAUCCCAACGUCACAGUCCUGCGCGAUGGUCACCUCGUGUCGCGGAUAUCUGAUUUUAUAAUGUACUCGGUUGAAGCGGAGUACAUUGACUCAGUUGUCGCGACAUACGGACCCUCCACAAGGGUUGGCGCCAUAGUCUCAGGGCAAACAUCGGUAAAAGCUCCGGAGAAGGCCGCAUUUGAAAAAUACCUGCCCCCAGACGUGGAAAUUCUGUCCUGUCAUUCGCUCCACGGACCGACUGUCUCACCAGUUGGUCAACCUCUAGUGCUCAUUAAACAUCGCGCAACAGACGAGUCCCUCCGCCUCGUCGAAAACAUUCUACGACCCCUCAAGUCACGCUACGUCUACCUAUCCUUCGAGGAGCAUGACAUCGUAACCGCAAACACACAGGCAGUCACCCACGCUGCCUUCCUCAGCAUGGGCACCGCGUGGGCGAAUGAGCUCGAGUACCCUUGGGAGACCGGGCACUACGUCGGCGGCAUCGAGACCGUCAAGGUGAACAUCAUGCUGCGCAUCUACUCGAACAAGUGGCACGUCUACGCCGGGCUCGCGAUCCUCAACCCCUCCGCGCGCAUCCAGAUCGACCAGUACGCGCGCUCCGCGAGCGAGAUCUUCAAGCUCAUGCUCGCCGGCAACGACGCCGCGAUGCGCCAGCGCAUCUACGAGGCGCGCGACCGCGUGUUCGGCGGGAAGAGCGAGGACGGCCCCGUCGCCGCGCGCGCACCCAUCCUCCUCUCCGAGGACGUCCUCGACCGCUUCAGCCUCGGCCGCCGCCCGUCCGUCUCCACCAACGGCGGCUCGUCGCCGCGCAGGCACAUGGCGAACUCGCACCUCUCCCUGCUCGCGAUGGUCGACUGCUGGGCGCGCCUCGGCAUCCAGCCGUUCGUGCACCUCGACCUCGCCGCGACGCCGCUCUUCCGGAUGCUGCUCGGCGUCUCGGAGUACCUGUUCCGCUCGCAGGAGCGGCUGGACGACGCCAUCCACGCCGCGCUGUACGACACCACGUACAGGGCGAACGACCUGGAGUUCGUCAUCGCGGCGCGCGGAUGGAGCCAGUGCAUCUCGUUCGGCAGCUUCGAGCUAUACCAGAAGCGAUUUAUGGAGACCGCCGCGUUCUUCGAGUCUCGAUUCGAGGACGCGACCAAGCUUGGUACUGCAAUGCUGCAAGCCAUCAGCGACAGUUCGCUGGCAUGA